CUUUGGAGAGUGGAGAAUCAGAAGAGACUUCAGGCAACAGGGGGCUUGGCCAUGGCCUCUGACCUGGACUUCUCACCUCCUGAGGUGCCUGAGCCGACUUUUCUGGAGAACCUGCUACGGUACGGCCUCUUCCUGGGGGCCAUCUUCCAGCUUAUCUGUGUGCUGGCCAUCAUUGUACCCAUCCCCAAGUCCCAUGAGGCGGAGGCAGAACCAUCUGAGCCCAGAAGUGCUGAGAUAACAAGAAAGCCCAAGGCUGCUGUUCCUUCUGCAAACAAAAGGCCCAAGAAGGAGACCAAGAAGAAGCGGUAGAAUAGGAGCCCAAGGAACUGGCCGGGCCAGCAGGGGCAUGGGCCAGCUCUCCGGGAAUCAGCCUCCUGCUCCCUCUUGUCUGUUCCAGGCUCAGGGCUGCAGGUGGCUGCAAUGCCCUCUGACCACAGAGAUCUGGACAGUCAUCACAGUCCCCUCCUGCUGGGGGGGACCCAGACCACCACUUCUGCUCUCAUGAUGGUUGAGUAGAGUCAAGGGGACCAAAACAUGCUGUGAGCAAGACUGUGUUAGGUUUGUUCAGAAGGCAGGUCAGCUCACAGAGUCACGUUUUCUUACUUAAUCAUGGUGUCUAGUCCUCAGUCAGCCCCCCUUGUGGGUUUACACUACAUUUUGAAGUCAUUAUCUAAUCUGACGCAUAUCCCUCUCCCAUUUUUUCUGUGCCACAGAUCUCCUGUUUAUCAGUCACCUUUGUUUCUCUGCUUGUGUGGAUGGAGCCAAGCCUUGCCUGAUUGUUUAGGUCAAGAGGCUGUGGUCACACAAUGCUAGUGGUCCCACCAGCUGUGACAGCCAAGUCUGGGAAAGGCCAGUGUGGGAGCCAGAAGAAGGCCUGAGCCAGGGUAAUGCCUAUUUCUCUUCCAGCAGGUAGAAGGGGUUUGGCUGAAUGAGUGUGGCUCUCUUGGGGCACAAACUUCCUGAGCCUCAGAAAUGAAAGGUUGUGAAUUUCAGACCCCCCCCUUCCAUCACAGCAGGUUCAAGGUGUCCCUUUUGACUUCCACCUCUGUAUCCUCUUCCUUUGAUUUUUCAUUCCCUGUCCAGUGAGAAGUUAUUGGGGGGGGGGGGAGAGUAAGGAUCAAUAAACUGUCUGC